UCCAAAUCGCGCUUGUCCUCAAAUACACAAAACCCGGCAUUUUUUAGGUCACAUUAUUUUUCACAAGUGUUUUUCUUAAAAAAAAAAAUGUCCAACAAACCAGAAGAAUCAGUUCCAGCUGAAGAAAAUGAUCUCCUUCAAAUUAAACCAUUAGGUGCUGGUCAAGAAGUUGGACGUUCAUGCAUCAUGCUGGAUUUUAAAGGAAAGAAAAUUAUGCUGGAUUGUGGAAUUCAUCCUGGAUUAUCUGGAAUGGACGCACUUCCUUAUGUGGAUUUGAUUGAUGCUGAUGAAGUGGACUUGCUUUUAAUUUCUCACUUUCAUUUAGAUCAUUGUGGAGCAUUGCCAUGGUUCUUGAUGAAAACAAGCUUCCGUGGUCGCUGCUUUAUGACACACGCCACAAAAGCUAUCUACCGAUGGAUGUUGUCAGAUUACAUCAAAAUCAGUAACAUUUCCACUGAACAAAUGCUCUACACCGAAGCCGAUUUGGAGGCCAGCAUGGAAAAGAUCGAAACGAUAAACUUUCACGAAGAACGUGAUGUGAUGGGAAUUCGAUUCUGGGCCUACCAUGCCGGCCAUGUCUUGGGAGCAGCUAUGUUUAUGAUAGAAAUAGCUGGUGUUAAAAUUCUCUAUACCGGAGAUUUCUCGCGGCAGGAGGAUCGGCAUUUGAUGGCUGCAGAAAUCCCACAAAUGCGUCCUGAUGUUCUUAUCACCGAAUCCACCUAUGGAACUCAUAUCCAUGAGAAGCGGGAAGACCGUGAAAGUCGAUUUACAUCACUCGUACAGAAAAUUGUCCAACAAGGUGGACGUUGUCUCAUUCCUGUGUUUGCUUUGGGUCGAGCUCAGGAAUUGCUACUGAUUCUCGACGAGUAUUGGAGCCAAAAUCCUGAACUACAUGAAAUUCCCAUCUAUUAUGCAUCGUCUCUGGCCAAAAAGUGUAUGGCUGUCUAUCAAACAUUCAUCAACGCGAUGAAUGAUAAAAUCCGUCGUCAGAUUGCUGUGAAUAAUCCGUUCGUCUUCCGACACAUUUCCAAUCUGAAGGGAAUCGAUCAUUUUGAUGAUAUUGGACCAUGUGUGGUGAUGGCAUCACCUGGUAUGUUGCAGAAUGGUUUAUCGCGCGAACUAUUCGAGAACUGGUGCACUGAUUCGAAGAAUGGAGUCAUAAUUGCUGGUUAUUGUGUGGAAGGAACUCCAGCCAAGACAAUACUUUCUGAACCCGAAGAGAUUACUACGAUUUCGGGGCAGAAGUUGCCGUUAAAUAUGUCAGUGGAUUAUAUAUCGUUUUCGGCUCAUACAGACUAUCAACAGACAAGUGAAUUCAUUCGUUUGCUUAAACCGGCACAUGUGGUCCUAGUCCAUGGUGAACAAAAUGAAAUGUUCCGACUGAAAUCAGCAUUACAACGUGAAUAUGAGUCUGAUCCAAAUACAACAAUAAACUUUUACAAUCCUCGCAAUACACACUCAGUGGAUUUAAAUUUCCGAGGAGAAAAGACUGCCAAAGUUAUGGGCUCAUUGGCUGCCAAGGAUCCGGUAGUUGGUGCCACUUUGUCUGGAGUGCUUGUUAAACGUGACUUUAAAUAUCACAUAUUAGCACCUUCUGAUUUAGCAAAAUACACUGACAUGAGCAUGUCUGUGAUAACACAACGUCAGAGUAUUCCAUGGAAUAGUUCAUUAAACACAUUAAAACUACUUCUCGAUCGAGUUGGUGGUCCUGGUACAGUUAGCGUAGUCGAAGAUGAUAAAAAGAUUCGAGUAUUCAAUUGUCUAGAUUUGACAAUUGAAGGAAAAAUUAUAAUCAUGGAAUGGCAAGGAACACCAGUGAAUGAUAUGUUUGCAGAUGCAGCAUUAGCCUGUAUUAUGCAAACAGAAAUGGGAGGAACCAACAUCAAAGGUGUCACCGGUGUUCCUAAACCUGACAAAACACACUUUAAAGAAUGCCUCAUAGAAACCUUACAAGACAGCUUCGGUGAGCAUUCUGUACCAAAAAUGUUCAAAGGAGAUAUCCUGCCGGUGACUGUUUCCGACAAAAAAGCAGAAGUCAACUUGGAAACAUUGGUUGUAACCUGCCCUGAAGAUGAAAACUUACGACACUUUAUACACACCGCAGUUCAAAAGCUUUAUCAAGCGCUCGUUCAAAUGCCCUAAAUUUGUUAUCGUGUCUCUUUGCAUAUAUUAUUGUUAGUUCCUUAAGAAUUUUUAUUAUAGAAAUAAAACGUUUUAAUCCAUUUAGCGAUUUAUUAAAAAAGUUAA